AUGCGACCGGGUCAAUCUAAACUUGAGGUCAAGUUAUGUCGCGAUCUACCAGCAGCUCGAUUUCCUGAAUAUAUCAAAUCGCCCCAUAAUCGAUUAUACAAUAUUGUUUGGAAUGAAAGUCCACUUUCGAAUGUGUUUCUUGUCAAGAAGCCAUGGGAGCCUACUGUUCGAGAUGCCAUGGUUGAGCUAAUUGACCAUUUACAUGAACAAUACCCCUGUGUCAAUGUAAUUGUCGAUGAGAAUGUUGCUGAUGAGUUGAUGAAUGAAACAACAACCGUUGAUAAGCAAUUGGGCUCAUCGGCGCAAAAACACAUUGUGUACACGGGAAGUACAAAAGAGAUUAUCAGCAAGACUGAUUUGAUAAUUACGCUUGGGGGUGAUGGAACGAUUCUACGUGGUGUUUCAUUAUUUUCCAAUGUCCAAGUUCCGCCAGUGUUGUCGUUUGCCAUGGGCACAUUGGGGUUUUUAUUACCCUUUGAUUUUAGAAACUGUAUGCUGUGUUUUGCGUUGGUGUAUGAAAAUAGGGCACAAGCGUUGCAUCGGAAUAGAUUGGAGUGCCAUGUGGUUAGAAAUGCUGAUGUCAGGACGUGCAAAAGGGCUGAGAAAGAAGAAGUUGAAGUGGCAUUGGUGAGGAAUAAAAAGAGACGAUACGUUGAAAUCAAAGACAGUGAUACCAAGGAGAAGGAUGAUGAAGCAAAAGAGGUGGAAAAAGUAGUAGAAAAGCAAGAGAUGAUACAUGCAAUGAACGACAUCACAAUCCAUCGUGGAAGCUCACCAAAUCUAACAUCAUUGGAUAUCUAUAUUGAUAAUGAAUUCUUCACCACCACUUAUGCCGAUGGACUAAUCUUUUCCACCCCUACUGGUUCAACUGCGUAUUCGUUAUCUGCUGGCGGAUCAAUAACUCAUCCAGCAGUGGCAUGUAUUUUGCUUACGCCAAUUUGUCCUCGAUCGCUUUCAUUCCGUCCACUAAUCUUACCAUGCACAUCCGAUAUAAUGGUGCGGUUAUCAGAGAAUAAUCGUAGUUCAUUUAUUGAGUUAACGGUGGAUGGAAUUAGUCAACAAGACCUUCAUCCGGGAGAUGAAUUGCACAUCACUUCAGAAACAGUGGUGGUUGCAAAUGACAAGAUUAAGAAACAGAAACGAAACAAUGGAAAAGCAACAACAACUGUGAAUAAUGGGGACGGUGAUGGUGAUGGAAUUGAGUACAAUGAUAAGAAUGGAAUUUGGUGUGUUGCCACUAAUCAAAACCAGUGGUCUAAGGAUUUGAAUAGUUUGUUGGGAUUCAAUAGUUCUUUCCGGGGACAAAAGAGUAAGAAACUGCAUCUAUAG